AUGCCUACCGACGAACCAACACAAUCGACCAAUUCAUCUUUAACGUUAUCGCCACAAGACAUUGGUUCUGGUCGCCAAAUGCAAUCACAAGAAUUACGCGUAAACAACACUCCGUUUAUGAGACGCGCAUCAGCGUCCGACCAAAAACCUUACGCCGCCUACUUCUCCGCUCCCGCAAAUACCAAUCCCCUCUUGUCUGUCACUGUACAUAAUCCAACCGAUGACGGUAGACAUGCAUUGAACGCGAAACCCAUCAGCGGUACUCUUAGUGGCGGAGGUUUUAAUGGAAUAGGCAUGAGUAACGAUAAACAGACAACUGGAAAUUCGUCCUCCAGCAACCUUACCAGCAACAUAAUGAAUGCGACUCCAUCUCUUUCCCCAUGCUCAUCCACAUCCUCUUUAAACUCUACAGGUGCUCUGACACCAGCAACUGCCAUGAUGGACAAAUCUCAUGACGCCUACUCUGACCAAUACCAAGAUUCUCUAUACUCUAGUUCACCUUCAAAUAUUUCCUCUCGAUCAUCUCCUUUUCUUACAACGUCAUAUCUCCCGCAAGGCUUUCAAAAUAACCCGUUUACCGAAAACACGACAAAUACAAACUCGCUAGCAUCAAACCAUUCAUCACAGUCUGCCAGACCAAAAGCAAAAUCAAUCAGUGUCGAAAAUCCAUCCUCGGAUCGACGCAGGUUAUCGCAUCAUUCAUUCUCCUGUCCCGCCGUUACUCGCGAUUCUUAUUCGUCUGUCCCAUGGUCUCCGGCUGUCUCCUUUUUAUCCAACUUGGCCGACGCAACGGUCAAGACUCCUCUUCCUGACGACGAAGGACAACAAGUCAGAGAAUACAUUCUUGGAAAAGUCAUUGGUCGCGGAGGAUUUUCUACUGUUCGAGAGGCAUACGACGGAAUGGACAAACUUGCCGUCAAGAUUGUGAGAAACAAUCCUGAAAGUGCAGACAACGAUCGUAUUCAAGCACUCUUGGAACGCGAGAUUGCUAUCUGGCGUGCAUUGGAUCAUCCCAACGUGGUGAAAAUGACAUCCGUUGAGGAGACCGAUUACGCCACUUUUGUGUUUGCCGAGUACUGUUCGGGUGGUACUCUGUUGAACUAUAUAAAGUCGUUUGAAACCGAGAAUCACAGGUCUGGAAUACCCGAAUCGAUGGCGCGUGAAAUAUUCAAACAACUAGCGUCUUCUGUUCGAUAUUUGCACAAGGACAUGAGAUUGGUCCACAAGGACAUCAAACUCGACAAUAUUCUCUACUGUGGAGAUGGUGUAUGGAAGCUAGGCGAUUUCGGUUUGACCGAGUUUCAAAACACGGAUGCCAAUGGGUUCGGCGAUGUUUCGAGCAACAACGAAGCCGGUGGUUCUUUGGCUUAUUGUGCACCUGAACAAUUGAGAUCAAACACUUCUAUCUGUAAUGCUAAACUGGACAUUUGGAGCUUGGGUGUUGUGUUGUAUGCAAUGUUGACGGGUCAGCUGCCGUUCAAUGAUGUUUUCCAGCCGAGAUUGCAACUCAAGAUUAUCAACGGUAGAUUUGACGAGAGUUUACUAGAUGAAGCGAACGUGUCUGAGGAUUGCAAAGAUUUGUUAAGGAGAAUGUUCAAGCCAAAGCCGGAGCAGAGAAUCGAUAUUGCUGAGGUGAUGAACAGCAGUUGGUACCUACGAGAGGAUUGA